AUGAGCCUUUUACCCCGCAGCGCAGAGGAGUUCAGCUCGGCGGAGUACUGGGAGCGCUUUUUCCGGCGACGGGGAGACAAGGCCUUCGAGUGGUAUGCUGACUACAACCAGCUGUGCGGGCUGCUGCACAAGUACAUCAAACCCCGCGACAAGGUUCUGGUGGUGGGCUGCGGGAACUCGGACCUCAGUGAGCAGCUCUACGAUGUUGGCUACCGGCAGCUGGUCAACAUCGACAUCAGCGACACUGUGGUGUCUCACAUGAGGCAGCGAAACGCUGAGCGGCGACCGGAUCUUACCUUCCUGCAGGCUGAUGCCACCCAGACCGCCUUUGAUGGUGGCAGCUUCCAGGCGGCGCUGGACAAGGGCACCCUGGACGCCAUGGCGGCGGAGGAGGGGGGCAGUCUGGCAGGGCGCAUGCUGGCGGAGGUGGGCCGCGUGCUGGCGGUGGGAGGCCGCUACGUCUGCGUGUCUCUGGCCCAGGAGAGCGUGUUGCGGCUGGCAGUUGAGCACUUUGUCCAGGAGGGCUGGGCCAUCAGGGUGCACUGCCUUGGGACCCAGGAAGAGCAGGAUACCCUGUCCGACUCAGCCUCCUUCGCCCUGCCCGUCUUCGUGUUGGUCUGCACCAAGUUCCGCCAGCCUCCCCCGGCCCCAGUGCUGGAGAUGUGUCAGGGCGAGAACGGCGCCCCCUGCAGGUUGUCCUCGACCGCUGCACUGCUCUCCGCGGUCAGGGAGCGACAAGCCUACGCCCUUGUUCGCCACAAGCUCCGUUCUGGCACGUGCGUGGGCCAGAGCUCCGCCCUAACGCUGUGCCACGCCCCCACGGGGCGCCCCCGCUACACACUGACAGUGCUGGACGGCCCUCAGCUGGCUAAGGCGCCUCUUCGUAACCACUUCGCUAUUUUUAUCGUGCCUCAGGGCCGAGAGUCUGAUUGGCUGUAUGGCUCCGCCGAGGGGCGUGACCAACUGGCACGCAGCGCGAACUUCCGCCGGCUGGUCGUUGUGGCGAUGCAUCGGGACCAGGAGUACGCAGACAUGCAGUCGGUCCAGUCUGAGCUGUCCCCCAUGGUGAUGGAGCUCGCCCCGCGUGGGAUGCCAGCCAAUCAGCAGGUGCCCUUCCUGUCGGUUGGGGGGGAGCUGGGCUGGCGGGAGGUGGUCAGCCGCGGUGUGAGCGCGCUCAGUGGCGAGUACUCAGUGGAGGACGUCCGUGGUGAAGAUGGGUUCCUGUACCGGCGCCUGGUCUUCCUGGAUAAUGCCGGUGUGGUGCAGUCUGAGAGCCGGUUGUGCGCUCCGGCCCCCGCCUCCAGUGGUAAAAGGAAUAAAAAAAAGAAGUCCAAGCUGCCCCCCCCUGCCAUGAAGGGGGGGAUGGCUUCUGUGGACCGGAGCUUCCUGUGUUGCGCCCAUCACCGGGUCAUGGUGGCCGGACUCUCUCUGCUCGGUUUGGAGGAUUUGGGCCCCCCCAUCACGCUGCUACUGGUGGGGCUUGGCGGCGGCGGCCUACCCCAGUUCCUGCGCGACUUCAUCCCGGGUGUGUCUGUGGAUGUGGUGGAGCUGGACCCGGAGGUUCUGGACGUGGCUCAGCGGUGUUUUGGGUUCCAGCCCGACGAGCGGCUGAAAGUGGUGCUCGGGGACGGCCUGGAGCACAUCAGUGGAUUGGAGGCCAAAGGCGAACGUGUUUAUGAUGUCAUCAUGUUUGACGUGGACUGUAAGGACCCCACCCUUGGAAUGAGCUGCCCUCCACCUGCCUUUGUGGAAACGGCUUUCCUGGAGAAAGUACGCAAUCUGCUGACUGCUCGCGGCAUGUUCAUGCUGAACCUCGUGUGCCGUGACUCUGCACUGAGGGCGCGCGUGUUGAGCCGGGUGAGGGACGUCUUCCCCUGCGUGCUGUCAAGGGACAUCGAGGGGGAGGUCAACGAAGUCCUUCUGUGCAUCCACCGAGAGGGCGAGCAGGGAGAGAAAGACCGUGCAAAUCCCGAGGAGCUGCGAAAAGCCUGCCGCCGCCUGCAGGGGGCGCUGCACACGUCAGAUGUGUCCCAUAAAGCACAGAUUGACGUUGCAGCACUGCUGGAAGAUCUGAAAAUUGCCUGAGACUCAGUCCUGGGAGAAGAAUGAAAGUACUGAAUGACAGUGAGAAAGUACUGAAAGAUAAUGCGAUGAUGUGCGACAAGCAGCGAUUAAAUGAUGGUAAGAAUAAUGGAAAAAUAAAAUAUGUCUCCCAGAAUGCUUUAUGUGUGUUCAUAUCUUCCUCAAUCACAUCAUUAAAAGGCUUUUAUUCUAAAAUGA